ACUUUUGCGAAACUGAAAACAAAAUUGUUAAAAUCGUUCGGUUUAUUCAAUUUAAUAUUUUUUAAUUUAUGGCACAUUAUUUAUGAUGUUUAACGGUUUGUUUAAUAAUAUUUCAUGUCCGCACUUUUACCGGUGUAACAAUUUGAGAAAUUUUGCCACUUUGCUCGGCAAGAACUCGUCUUCAAUAUCGGUGUGUUCGCGUCACAGGAGGUUCCUUUUAAUAGGUGCACCCAUCAGGUAUGGAUCGUUUGAGAAGAAAUCCGAACGACAAAGUAACGUAGAAAAACUGCUUGAAGACGCAACGGUGGCAGAAGAAUCGACGGUUGAUGGCGAUACAGAACAAUGGUCGACUUCACCGUAUCCGAAAGGUGCGUACAUUCCCCACGAAAAUCAAUCGCAAGCACAACACGCACUUCGACCAAAAGUGGACCCCAGGGAGACGUCGAUACUAAUGUUUCCCGGACAAGGAAGUCAGUGUGUCGGCAUGGGAAAAAAUUUGCAAGUAUUUCCUCAAGUCAAAGAUAUGUUCGACGUGGCGAGCGAAAUAUUGAAAUACGACUUGUUGAAACUGUGCUUGGAAGGACCGAAGUCUAAGUUGGACUUGACGAUCCACAGUCAACCGGCGAUCCUCGUGUGUUCGUUAGGCGCUGUUGAAAAGCUUAAAGAAGAACAACCAGGUGCGAUUGAGAAUUGUAUGGCCGCGGCCGGCUACAGCGUCGGCGAAUUAGCUGCCUUAACGUUUGCUGGUGUUCUAUCGUUUGAACAAGCUAUAAAGCUGGUAAAAGUACGGGCUGAAGCAAUGCAUUAUGCGUCUGAAAUAGAGCCCGGAGGAAUGGCUACCGUUUUUUUAAGACCCGAUUCCAAAUUGAAUUAUGCCAUGAAAAAGGCCCGAGAAUGGUGUCAAGACCGAGGAAUCGAAAAACCGGUUUGUCGUAUUUCUAAUUAUCUCAAUCCGGACAGUAAAGUGGUCGCCGGACAUUUGGAGGCCCUCAAGUAUUUGGAAGCGAAUUUGAAGGAAUACAACUUGAGGCGAAUGCAACGAUUAGAUGUUUCCGGAGCGUUUCACACUGAACUCAUGCGUCCGGCCGUAGAACCUUUUUACAGAGCGUUACGUAAAAUGACCAUUAGCGAUCCAAUGAUCGCCGUCCAUUCAAACAUUGACGGAAAGCGUUAUAACAAUGCCAGCGAAGUCGUUCGAAAACUUCCAAAACAAAUAUGCGCACCCGUAAAGUGGGAACAAACCUUACAUAUUUUGUACGAACGACCUGUCGGAUCAAAGUUUCCGGACACGUAUGAAUGCGGUCCUGGAACUACUCUUAGGAGUCUAUUAAAAACUGUCAACUCAAAAGCACAUUCUACGAGUACUUCUGUUUUUGUAUAAUAAAUUGUACUAGUAUAGCGUUAAUAUAACAUUUUUUUCACUCGUUUAUUA